CCCCCUCCCCGCCCCCCGCCCAGGCGCUGGGAGGCGACCCCCGACGCGCCCCGGGUUCAAAGGCCCCGCGCGGCAGCCCCAGCCCCUCCGGGGGGCGGGGAGGCGAGGGGGUGGUGCGGGCGCCAGAAAAGCCCGAGCCCACAGCCGGCCCGGCGCGGCGAUGGGCAGCGCGCUCUGACGCGUGUGAGCGGCGCAGCCAACUCCCGGCCCGGGCGCGGGGCGCAGCGAGCGAGCGAGCGAGCGAGCGCGGGCCUCGGACCCCGCGGCCGGAGGGCGAGGCCGCCGCGCUGGGCCCAGCGCCCUUUCUCGGCCACAGGCGUCCGUGCCCCCGGCCCGGUGCCCCGCGCCCGAUCGGGGUUCAUGGAGCCGGGGCUGUGGCUCCUGUUCGGGCUCACGGUGACCUCCGCCGCAGGAUUGGUGCCUCGCCCCCAGCCUGGGGACGCUGGCAGGAGCGGCGUGCCUGGGGCCCCGCCUGCAGCCAGAUCCGAGGGGGACAUCGAGGACACCGUGGCCACUACAGCAGUGCAGAGUCCAAGUCCCAGAAGCCCUGGGCAGGAGCAGGAGCCAGGGCGGUUUGGGGAACAGGCGCCCGAGGGGGGUCCCGUGCACCGCCGAGCGAGGCGCUGCACGUGUUUCACCUACAAGGACAAGGAGUGCGUCUACUAUUGCCACCUGGACAUCAUCUGGAUCAACACUCCUGAACGGACCGUGCCCUAUGGACUGUCCAACUACAGAGGAAGCUUCCGGAGCAAGAGGUCCACGGGGCCGUUCCCGCAGAGCCCACAGCCGUCCAAGCGGACGCUGCGCUGCGCUUGUGUGCGGAGUCGGGACAGCGCCUGCCUGCACUUCUGUACCCGCACCCUGGCCGUCAGCAGGAACUCAAGGACAGCAGAAAAUCCUGACGAAGAGGAACAGCCAGCCGGCGGUGCCGAUGGAGGCCUGCGUCCGAGGAGAUAGGCUGAAGUCCGGGACCGACCAAGCGAGCGGGCCUUAGGCCUCUGGCAUCACGUGCUUGCCCGGCGGUGGGCCCCCCGCGCUCUGCCUCCCCCUCUGCUGUGUCAGGAACCCCUGCGGACACAGGCCAGCAGCACCCCAUUUCUGGGAGGCCUCAGUUUCCGCUCCUUCCCGGUUCACGUUCCCAGCCUCUUGGAGGACCAGGAAUGAGUUUUGCCUGGUGGGGGGAAACCCACUCAGAAGGUCCACACUCAACAGUACACCCCUCACCCAAGAAUGCCCCAGCCCCAACGACCCGGUUUCUCUAAUGGGUAAAAUGAUCCCAGAUGUGCCCCAGAGCCUGACGCCCGCGGCUCGGGUUUCAUGCAGGAAAUUGUUUUUGGAGCGCCGUGGCACAUCCAGCCGCUUGCUGGCUUUUGACUUCUCUUGGAGUAUAAGUGGGCUCCAGGCUGACUUUGCAAAUGUAACCACGCGUCCCCUUAUAACCGAUGCGGCGGGAGCAUGCGACGCUCCCGUCCUGACAUCCAGAAGGCACGCGCUGUGGGCUAGGGAGGGCGCCAGGCGUCGAUUUUGAAUGCGGAGCGUAGCUUUGCGGGAGUUGAGGACUUUGAAGCUUCUAGGAGGAUUUAGACAGCGAUUUUCAGGUGUGCACGGUACCCACUAAAAGAAUGUAUCUUUGAGAAAGAGAGGACGAGAGAAAAAAGAAACCUUGAUGUUUGUGACGAGGAAAGAAGAACACGAGUAUGUGUGGGCUUUGAACCCCGACACGUGCGGCUGCGAGCCUGUCCUCGAUCAGGUGACCUUCUGAGCCCUCUGCGGACAGGCAGGCCAGGCACUUCCCAGAGAGCCGCAGUAAAAGCCGCCGGCCUCCCCUCCAGGCCAUUUGGGUGAAUAUUCGCUUUCAUGAACAAAUGUGGAUCUUUGGGGAACGGCUUCAAAAUAAGCCACAAAUGCAAACUCUUUGUAAAUUAUGUAAAUUCCUAUUUAUCUAUGUAAUUGGCAACCACUGGGGAUUGUAACGCCCCGCAGGUCGCGAUCUGUUUCCGCUGUGCUUUUUACGGCCGGCCCAAGAUUACCGUGCGUAUCCGGCAAAGUAUUUGGUGCCAACGUCAUUGAUGCAGACGCCUCCCCCCCACACCCCCGCCCCCAGCUGGCAGAGAGAUGAGAACCCACAUGGGAGGCAUGCCCAGGUCACCACGCGGGGAAAUUUAAGGUGGUGAACGACAGAGCGUUGGCCUUGACCAAAUGCUAAAUUCUGUGUGCGUUAUUUCAUGAGCUCUUACGGAUAGAAAAGGGAGUACCUAUCACCCGGAAAAGGAGGCAAUGCUUUGCUAGCAGGACUGUGUACAGUUUAGAGAAGCAACUAUUUAUUGUGAAACUCUUUAUUUCGAUUCCUUUAUGUGGAUCUGUUCAAAGUAAAGCCACUGUGUAUAUAUAGACAGACUUUAAAUUGUGUUCUGGAUCCAAACGCAUAUUCCUUAGAGCUUGAGUUACAUUUUUAAAACGCAUAGGCACCGUUUGGCUCUGUGGCAGGAUGCUAUCUUGGAGAGAAAUUCAUCCGUUGUGCUAACACUCAGAAAAUACUAACUGUCAAAUGCAUAAUAAAGAAAAAAAUGCUCUGA